GACAUUUGAACCAAAAUUUGCCAAGUGAGGCCAUUUAGGUUGGGCUGAGAAAGUUAGGUAAAAUGAAAAUAUGGAAUUUUAUUGUGGCAUCAUUGGUCAACUUGUUCAUUGCAUGUAAAUAGGAUGCAGUUUCCCAUUCCUGAUUGGACAAUAAUUAUGGCAUUGAGAUAGAUGUUGAUAAGUAUUAAGGUUCUGCACAGUGGUACAUGUGACCAAGAACACCCAUCAGCACUAAUGCAGGGACAAUCUUGAGGGUUUAACAGGGUUGAUAUGAAAAAUAGACAGAUGUUUUUGUUUUUUAAAUGACAUUGUUGACACUACAUUUUUUCUGACUAAAAUAUAUUUAUUCAUUUAUGUAUACAAAGAUUUUUUUAUGCAGGUUUCUCUAAAUUGCUAAUGAAUUGUACUGAAUUGUAGGAAUCCUAAAACAUGGAACCAGAAGUCACUGACAACAGGACUGCCAUUGUGAAUGACAUACAUCCCUGCUAUGAAAUAGAUAAUUUCAAUUACAUUCUGACAAACAUCCCUUCCAUUAUAUGUGUAUUAUUAUAUAUUUUCCUUGCAUUAUUAUCUGUUGUCACAAUAUGUGGAAACCUUCUCGUUAUAAUCUCCAUCAUUUACUUCAAACAGCUCCACACUCCUACAAACUACCUUAUUCUCUCACUGGCUGUGGCUGACCUGCUUGUUGGGAUUAUAGUCUUUCCUUUCAGCAUGGCAUUCUCUCUCAGCUCAUGUCUGUAUCAUGAGGAUUUAUUUUGCAAAGUACGAGGCAGUUUUGAUAUAUCACUGAGCACAUGUUCUAUUCUGAACCUAUGUUGUAUUUCUAUUGACAGAUAUUAUGCAGUGUGUCAGCCUCUGACAUAUAGAACUAAAAUCAACCAUCGUGUUGUUGUGGUCAUGAUCCUGGUGAGCUGGGGGGUUUCUGUUCUAAUUGGAAUUAGUGUCAUAAUUGCUGGAUUAAACAAUGACAAAUGUGAAGAGAGAUGUUUGAUUGAUGUUCUAAUCAAAAACACUAUUGGACCUAUUUUAUCAUUUUACCUCCCAGUGAUCAUAAUGCUCUGUAUCUACUUGAGAAUUUUCCUUGUUGCACAGAGACAGGCACGCAGCAUCCAGAACACAACCUGUCAGGGAACAAAGUCUGGAGCAACUGUCAAUAAGAUGGAAAGAAAGGCCACCAAAACUCUGGCUAUUGUUUUGGGAGUUUUUGUUUUAUGUUGGCUUCCUUUUUUUCUUUGUGUCACCUUUGUGCCUUUUAGUAAUAAUUCAGUUCCAGGUUCUGUGGUUGAAACACUUAACUGGCUUACACUGUCAAAUUCAAUGCUCAAUCCAUUCAUUUAUGCUUUCUUUUACAGAUGGUUCAGAUCAGCUUUUAGAAUGAUCAUUUCUGGAAAAAUAUUUCAAGGUGAUUUUGCUAACUCAAAAUUGCAAUGACUUUUUGAAUUCCAUUAAAUUCAAUUUUAUUUAUAUAGCACCAAUUCAUAACAGAAGUGAUCUAAUUGCACUUUUCCUAUAGAGCAGGUCUAGACCGUACUCUUUAUAAUAUUAAUAACUUUGGGUUG